AUGGCCUCAUCCACCGGCAAUGGCGGGUGGGCGCAAAUGCGGCAGCAGGCUCGCACAUUGGAGUCGCAGACGGAGGCCUUAUUCCACACAUACUCCCAAUUCUCAACGGCAGCGGCCAUACCACCGAAGCCCUCAGAGGAGGAGAUAAACACGGAGGCCAAGCUACAAGAGAUACUGGAAAAGCGCGAGAACGUCAUCAACCAGCUCGCCCGCCUCCUCGACUCCGACGCCUCCUUGACCUCCUCCGCGCUCAAGCAGAACAACCUUGCCCUCCUCCGCGAGAAGCUGGCCUCGCACAAGAGGGAUCUGGUCCGGCUCCGGUCGAACCUGGCGGACGCGCGCGGCCGGGCGAACUUGCUGUCCAAUGUGCGGGAGGACAUCCAGUCGUUUCGCCAGCAGAACCCGGAGCGUGCCGAGGCCGAGUACAUGUUGGACGAGCGGCGGCACAUUGACAACAGCAACAGCGUGGCGGACUCGGUGCUGUCGCAGGCGUACGCGGUGCAAGAGAGCUUCGUGCUGCAGCGGGAGACGCUCGCCAACAUCAACCGCAGGAUCACGCUGGCCGCGAGUCAGGUGCCUGGGAUCAACACGCUGAUCGGCAGGAUAUCGGCGAGGAAGCAGAGGGAUGGCAUCAUUAUGGGGAGCUUUGUGGCGGUGUGCUUCUUGCUGUUCUGGUUUUUCCUGUGAGCAAUGAAGAAGUGGCUCUUUUUUUGACCGGAAGCAGCGUCGAGUGAAGAGAGCAUAUUGGAGUGGGCUUUUUUCUUGCUUUCUUUUUGAAUGACGACUUCUACAGAGCAUCUGAUAUCUCACGGCACGGCGUUUAGGUUUUGUAGGAACCCCACUGGUUGGUUGGCAUGG